AUUAAUUCAUAACAAUAACUUCUCCCUGUUGGUGUCACAUGACCAAAACAUGGCAGCCAGACAAGCAAUUGAUGGGUUUCUAAGUUCAGGCCAAUACCGGCCGGUAUUGUCAGUCAUAAAAGGGUUAAGAAAUGGAGCAGUGUAUGGUGCCAAAAUCAGAUUUCCACAUGCCCUGGUCAUGACAUUUCUGUUCAAGGAGGGCAGUUUACGUGAGAAGGUUAGGGCUAUACUUGAAGCAACAUUUACACAUUCCAAAAACCUUGCAUCUUUUGUUUUCCUGUAUAAAAGUUUAACAGGUUUAAUGGAGCAUUUUCAAGAGGAGAAAUCCCAGAUUCACAGCUUCAUAGCUGCCUUUAUAGGAGGUUAUUUUGUAUUUGGAAAAAAUAACAAAGUUAAUGAACAGAUAAAUUUAUAUUUGUUAUCAAGAAUUAUAUAUGGACUGGCUAAACUGGCAGUGAAAAGAGGAUAUAUACCGAAGCCAAACGGAGAGACGUUCCCAUGGUUUGCUGCCAUUGUUUGGGGUAUAGUCUUGUGGGAAUUCGAACACGAGAAAGAAACGUUGCAAUCUUCUUUACAGUCGUCCAUGACAUACCUGUAUCAUGACAGUAAUAAGUGGACCAAUCUGAAAAACUUUUUAUGGCAUAACAAAUAGUGUAUUGCAUUUAUCUAAAUUUUCUAUUGUUAUAGAUAGUUUUUCUUCUUUUAUAAGUGAUUUCGAGCCUAACUUGAGUCACAACUUUUCUUCUU